AUGGUCGAAUAUCAGGCAUUUGCUCUUGGCUAUGCUUCAAAAGAAAUUAAAAAAGACAAAUCGAUAGCAGUUAAGGCAUUGAAAACAAGUGGACACUCAAUAUCUUGUGUCGAUGAGUCGUUAUAUUCCGAUCGAGAAAUAGCUCUUAUUGCACUAUCAAGUCAUUCCUAUGCCAUUCGUUUCUUUAUGGAACACUUUUCUAAUGAUAAGGAGAUAAUCAUGAAUGCAGUUUCGAAAUGUGGUAACUUAAUUCAUUAUGCUACAUAUUGUGAUUUGGAUAUUAUAUUGGCUGCUGUGACAACGUACGAGCUUGCAUUUGAGCUUGCCGACCCAAAAUAUUAUUUUGAUAGAGAAAUAAUGAUGGUAGCGGUUACAAGGAAUGGAAUAACUCUUAGAUAUGCAAGUGAAACAUUACGAGAGGAUAGAGAAAUAGUUCUGAAAGCUGUGAAAAAUGCUGGAGAUGCUUUGAGAUAUGCCUUAGUACAAGAUAGAGAAAUUGCCUUAGAGGCAGUAAAAUCUUCUGGUACAGCGCUUCAGUUUGUUGACAAGAAUUUCCUUAGCGACUCAGAAAUAGUCAUGAUAGCUCUUCAUUCAAAUGGUUCUUCUUUACAGUAUCUACCUAAAGAAAUGAGAGAAAUAAGGGAAUAUGUUGAAGCUGCAAUUUCUGAAAAUCCUCUGUCAAUUCAAUAUGCUAGUGAGGUGUAUAAAUCAGAUAGAGAGCUAGUUAAAAAGGCUAUAUCCGAAAAGGGAAAUAUUUUAGGAUAUGUUGACAAGAAAUUUCUGAAAGAUGAGCAAAUUGUUUUUUUGGCUGCUUUAAACAAUCCUAUAACCUUCAAAUACGCAGAUGAAAGUUUACGGUCUAAUCUGAAUUUCAUAUUGGACAUUAUAAGGACUUCAAAGAAAACAAAUGUAUUAAUGAGCUAUUUGCCGGCCCCUGGUAGCAUUAACAUUUAUAAUGAUAGAGAGUUCUAUUCAAAGAUUCCUAUCGAUACACAUUUUAUUAAGGAGAAAAUUAGACUUUGUGGAUUCAAGGCUACAUUUGAAGAGUUUAGUUACAGUAAGGAAAUAAUUACAGAGAUGGUCAAAGAUUACAUGACACUUGCUUUUAUUAAUGAAGGACUUCAACAAGAUAGAGAAAUGCUUCGAACUGCUCUUAAUCUUAAUGGUGAGCUGAUUAGUGAAAUGCCUUUCAUUAUUGACAACUUGGAUAUUGAACUGAUUCAAGUAUCAUUAAUUUCCCUUCUUUCUGGCAGCGAUGAUAAAGAAAAGGAAAUUAUCCAUCAAACUCUACAAUUAAUCCAACAUUCACAACAACUUUAA